AUGUUGUGGUGCCCAAAUCUCUCUUGGAGGAAGAGCACGGGGAUGGCGGAUGGGUCCACCUUGAACAUGCGCAUUGGUGACGCGGGGGCUUCUGGACGGCCCAAAUAUGUAGCUACUGUUUGUAUAAUGUGCAUGGUACUGCUGGAUAAAGCCGUACCUAGGAAGUCACGGCGAUGUUGGGCGGUUAAUGCGCAAGUCGCCGUGGUCUUGAGUGGUGCGGGAAGGCAUUUCUGCCCUUCAAGCAAGGCCAGAAAUGUUGGAUCCGCGUCGCGAGUAGCGAAAACCACUAUGGGUAUGGAGGCGGCCUUGAGGUGUAUAACCACGUCAAGUUAUUCCAAUGGCUCGUAG